CCUACAAUCUGGCUUCACAAAUAAUGCUCAUUACCUGCAUAUGGCCAAACGUCGCUAGACCCGACAUAAACUACAGUUAUAUUUUCUGGCGAGGCGGGACGUUGUUUCUGUACAACAUAAAAUGCUGCUGAGAUGAAGAAAACGUGAUCGCAGGCGUUGUCGGAUGCAGGCAGGUGUUGUGAUCAGGAGCAGCGGGCAGGACUGCAGGUAUGGACACCUGGACACCCAACCCAAGAGCCAAACCCUUCAUCCCCCGCCAGCAGCGCAGCCUCUACCUCACAUGGAAAUACAGACUCACCAACAAAAGAGCAGUACGACGAAUCUGCCAGGCCAGUGCUGUCCUGUUUCUACUGAUCACAGUGAUUGUGAAUAUCAAACUCAUUCUUGAUACAAGGAGAGUAGCCAGUGGGGAGGAUGCAGCUCAAGAGUAUGAUGAUACCCUGCCUAACAUGGAAACUCCACGGAGACCAGCCAGUGGGAGGAAGGUUUUGGAUAUCGAGGUGUACUCUAGUCGAUCUAAGGUUUAUGUAGCAGUGGACGGUACCACUGUUCUGGAAGAUGAGAUGAGGGAGCAGGGCCGAGGCAUACAUGUUAUAGUUCUAAAUCAGGCAACUGGUCAUGUCAUGGCCAAAAGAGUGUUCGAUACUUAUUCUCCCCAUGAGGAUGAAGCCAUGAUCCUCUUCCUCAACAUGGUCACACGUGGCAGAAUCCUCAUCUUCACUAUUAAGGAUGAGGGGACUUUCCACUUGAAGGAUGCAGCGAAGAAUCUUCUGAAAGGUUUGGGGAGUCAGGUAGCUGUCACCUUAGGCUGGAGAGAUAUGUGGACUCUGGUCGUGAAGAAGGGAGGGCAAGUUUAUGGGGAGAAGCACUCGAAGUCUCCUGCUCUGUCCACAUGGGGUGAUCCUGUGCUGCUGAAGACUGAGGUCCAGCUGACAGCUUCUGAAGAGGCAGAGUGCCAUUGGGCAGACACAGAGCUGAACCGCCGGAGGAAACUCUUCUGCAGUAAAGUCGAAGGAUAUGGAAGCAUUUGUAGUUGCAAGGAUCCAGCACCCAUAGAGUUUAAUCCUGACCCACUGCCUAACAACAAUGUCUACAACGUCCCAGUAGCAGUUAUAGCUGGAAAUAGACCAAACUAUCUAUAUAGAAUGCUGCGCUCUCUUCUUUCUUCCCAUGGUGUCAAUCCACAGAUGAUCACUGUUUUUAUCGAUGGCUACUAUGAGGAACCCAUGGAUGUGGUGGAUCUCUUCGGUCUUAAAGGAGUUCAGCAUACGCCUAUCAGUAUUAAGAAUGCUAGAGUGUCACAGCACUACAAAGCCAGCUUGACUGCAACCUUCAAUCUGCAUCCAGAUGCAGAUUUUGCCAUUGUCUUGGAGGAAGACCUGGAUAUUUCCAUAGAUUUUUUCAGCUUUCUCAGUCAGACCAUCCAUUUGUUGCGUGAGGAUGACAGUCUGUACUGUAUCUCAGCCUGGAAUGACCAAGGCUAUGAGCACACAGCAGAGGACCAAUCUCUGUUGUACAGAGUGGAAAGUAUGCCUGGCCUUGGCUGGGUGCUUAAAAAAAGCCUUUACAAGGAUGAACUGGAGCCCAAAUGGCCAACUCCUGAGAAGCUAUGGGAUUGGGACAUGUGGAUGCGGAUGCCGGAACAGAGGAAUGGGAGAGAGUGUGUCAUUCCUGAUGUCUCCCGCUCUUAUCACUUUGGCAUUAUUGGCUUAAACAUGAAUGGUUACUUCCAUGAAGUUUACUUUAAGAAGCACAAGUUCAACACAAUUCCGAAUGUUCAGAUGAAAAAUGUAGAUGGCUUGAAGAAAGAUGCAUAUGAGAUUGAAAUCCAAAACCUUCUACGUGGGGCCGAGGUUCUGGACCACAGUAAAAACCCAUGUGAAGACUCAUUUAUCCCAGACACAGAGGGAAAGACCUUUGUAAUGUUCAUCCAAAUGGAGCAGGAGACAGAUACAAACACCUGGACAGAACUGGCGAAGUGCCUGCACGUAUGGGACCUGGAUGUACGAGGUUAUCACAAAGGACUGAAAUUUAUUUUUACAUUUCAAAAGCAUUCAAUUCCAAUCUCACCAUACUCUGUUAAGAAGCCCAAUAAUGUCACUCCAAUUCACUUGGAGCCAGCACCUAAAGAGGAGGGACCUCCUGUGGAACAGAUUUAGAAUGGUCCUAAUCCCACCCAAAGGGCCUUUUACUAACCACUAACAGACCUAAUGGGCCUUGUGUUACUCUUCAGGCCAAUGCAAGACAAAAGGGGUGAACUAUAGGAUGAACCUGACUGAACCGUCCUGAGCCUCUAGGAACUACAGGCUUUUGAAACUAGAAUGAUAUAAGUGUGGAUUUCUAAAAAUGGUGUGUGAUGUGACCUCUUUUGGUGGUAUGUAUUUUACAGUGAGAGAUUUUCCUGGGGUCAUGACAUUUCAUAUGUGUUUAUGCUGGAAGGUUUGACAUUAGAAAAGAAUUGCUAGAUGUUUUAAAGUAUUACUGGUACUAUAAUAAAAGCCAGAGCUUGUUUGCGUUACUGAAUUGUGACAGCAGAUACCGUCAAACCAGGACACUGCGAAAAAGGGAUUAAGAGGAUAUGGCAGACAUAAGAUACUUUUUUAACACUACUGAGUGCUUUGGGCCAUCCUGCGCAUAUGUUUGAACUUGCGUCUAUUUAUUUUGUCAAUAUUAAGAUAACUAGGUUUUUACUUAAUGAAUUAACUUUUACACAAGAAAAAAUGCGUUAAGAAACAAAAGGCUUAAAUUUGUUUACAAAUUAAACCAUGUACAGACAUAUAUUUUUAGAACAAAAUAUGAUCAUAUUUUUUAGUAUUUCUAUUGGUUUGAGUACU